AUGGACCGGCUUCUGGCACAUGAAGGCAGCUGCUACUGGGUCUCUGGUACUGGGAAGCCCUGGCCCGAAGCCGAGAAGUACUGCCAGCUGCAGAAUGCCCACCUGGUUGUCAUCAACUCCAGAGAGGAGCAGACUUUUGUCCAGAAGCACAUAGGCUCCUCAUAUACCUGGAUGGGCCUCAGUGAUCCUGAAGGAGCCUGGAAAUGGGUGGAUGGAACAGACUAUGAGACCAACUUCAAGAACUGGAAGCCGGGCCAGCCAGACGACUGGCAGGGGCAUGGGCUGGGUGGAGGUGAGGACUGUGCCCACUUCCACCCGGAUGGCAAAUGGAAUGACGACGUCUGCCAGAGGCUCUACCGCUGGAUCUGUGAGACCAGCAUUAGCAGGUCCAGAUAGGAGUGUCUUAGAGCUGCUUCCUGUGGAC